CCUCUGUGUGAGCUGGCUGCUUUCUCACAGUAGCCAUGGCUUUUCCUUACUUCUUUCUUCUCUUCUUGCUGUCUUGCACCCUGCUUCAUCAUGGAUGUGCUCGUCCUUCCCGCUCCAGGAAAGCUGCUGCAGGUAAAGAUGAUGAUAUGAAGGCACAAAUCGAUAAACUAUGGCAAGAGGUGAACUCCUUGAAGGAGAUGCAAGCGCUACAAACAGUUUGUCUUCGUGGCAUCAAAGCUCACAAGAAGUGUUACCUGGUUGUUGAAGAGCCCAAGCAUUAUCAUCAGGCCAACGAGGACUGCAUUGCUCAGGGUGGAACCUUGGCCACGCCCCGAAACUUGAGGGAAAACAGCGACCUACGAGACUACGCCAAACUCAGCUCACCAGGCACCAAAGACUUCUGGAUAGGAGUGACCGAUAUUGUUAAAGAAGGCCAGUAUGUCGAUGUCAACAGCAUGCCCAUCACCUACUUCAACUGGGAUCGUGCCAAGAAAGAGCCGACAGGGGGAAAACGCGAGAGCUGCGCAGUGCUCUCGCUUUCUGCACAGGGCAAGUGGCAUGAUGAGGUGUGUCGCACUGAGAAGAGAUACAUAUGUGAAUACCUCAUUCCUUAAUAUACAGUUAAUAUGCAACGCUCUAUGCAUGGUGACAGUUUCAUCACUGAUGCUGGUUAGUAAUGCUGUCAAAGGAUGCAAUGUCAUGUUCCACACAUUUGUUGUUGCAUUAAAUGUCUGGUCGAAGAGUGACUGCAGUCUGUGCAAAAUCACAUCUUCAUUACCUAACGAAUUAUUAUCUAUAUUAUUAUUUAGAGCAGCAGUUGUUGUUGUUGUUCCCCAUUAAGAGAUAAAAACAUACUCUUUUGAAUGCAUAAUUAUGGUCAUAUUUGGUUUCUCAAUCCUACCAUUUUUCCCUAUAUCUGGAUCACAAGACUACUGUGUCCCCAUAAAGCAUUUUUGGGUCUAGUGUCCCCACAAUGUAAUAAAAACAAGAAUGUGUGUGUGUGUGCGUCUGUAUGUGUAUGUGUUUGUUUUUUCACUUUCUUACCUUAAUUUUGCUUUGGUCUCAAUGCCUAUUUUACCUUAAUAUUACAGUGAUUAGUCUAAUAAAAAAAUAAUUUUUGGUAUCAUGUCACACAGCUACAGAGACCUACAUUCAACCCUAAGUAUAAAUGAAUUGCUAUAAUACAAUAAAAUAUUUAUUGUGAAGCAAACUGCAUAUAUUUAAAAGUUUAAACAAAACAUACACUGUAUUUUUUUAUUGUAUAUGCCUACAAUAAAACAUGUUUACGGAAUAUUUUGCAGAAAAAGGAAUAUGUAAGGAAUGAAACACAAUGUGGUAGGCUAUUAUACAUAUGAGAUGGGUUAUUGUCCUAGAACACCACAUCCUGUUGUAUAUUAUCCCAUAGCAAUCUU